GCGCGCCCGCAGCCUGCCGCUUCGCGCAGGGCCAGACGACACUUCCCGCUGGCAAAAACUGGCCUGUCUCCUUUCCGUUUCCGCCUCCCCCUUCCUUCCGCAUCCUCUCUUCUCCAAUCCUGGGCACCCUCAAAAACCCAACUCUACAAGACCUCUUGACCUCUCCAGAUCGCACUCUCCUUCCCUUGCUGCAUCGCAUCCGCAGCUUUUGUGUUCUCCAUUACUUUCUUCUCUAAACCGACCACUUCUCACAAGACCUGAAUCGUCGCGCAAACCAUCCGACGCGUCGAAUUAUUCUUUUACUUCGCCACAACCUGACAUCACAUCGCGCUCUUCGCUGUACCAGUAGGAAGAAGACGCCAUCGACCCAGCUGCUAGUCCACUGCAGCGACUUUGUCACAGACAUAAUUUUAUCAAAAUAACCGACUAUUCCAAAUCCAUAUCCAUCAUGUCUGGCAAGCUCGACCAGUCUCUUGACGAGAUUCUCUCGACUCAGCGCCGCUCUGCCGGCGGACCCGGUCGCCGCUCCCAGCGACGAUCCACUGGUGGUCGUCCCGCAGCCGCAGCCCCGGUUGGCGGUGUUCAGAAGACAUCGAAGCCUGCGCGUGCGGCCGCAAACAAGCCCAACGCUGCCAAGCCCGCGCCAGGCACUGGUGACAGCAAGGUCAUCGUGAGCAACUUGCCCAAGGAUGUCAACGAGCAACAGAUCAAGGAGUACUUCAUCACAUCAGUUGGACCUAUCAAAAGAGUGGAAAUCUCCUACGGACCCAACUCUGUCAGUCGCGGCAUUGCCAACAUUACCUUCCGCGAGCCUGAUGGCGCUAGCAAGGCCUUUCAGAAGCUGAACGGUCUUCUCGUCGAUAACCGCCCCAUCAAAAUCGAGAUUGUCGUUGGUGCUUCCCAAGCAGCUAACGUCAUCCCCCCCACUAAGAAGUCGCUUGCCGAGCGCACUACUCAGCCUAAAGCCCAGCCCAAGUCUGCGGCCAACGACAAGCGCAACAACGCCAAUGCCAACAAGGGUGCCGCUGCUGCUCCCGGCGCUCGUGGCAAGAAGCCCCAGCGCCGCGUACGCACCACUCGCCCUACGAAGAAGACCGCAGAGGAGUUGGACUCGGAGAUGGCUGACUACUUCGAGUCGAGCGCCAACCCCGCUGGCGAGAAUGCUGCCGCCCCUGCUGCGGCUCCUGCCGCCACUGGCGGUGAUGCCCCUAUGGAGGACGAGAUUAUGUAAAGACGGUCGCAGUUGAAGCUUGAUUUCAAGCUCGCCUAUGGAACCCAGGAUUGAGAAGGUCUAAGAAGUACAUUGCGCGGGGAUGCCCAUGAUCUUUCCCUUUCUUUUCGCGCUUUGUGGAGCACUCUUACAGACUGCUGGAAGGAGAGCGAGCACAUGGAGGCUACGGGAUUAUGGCCUUGGUUUUGACAUGACUUGUUUUUUCAAGCUUGCAGAUUGCCUCACUCAACCCUCCAGCACCAACCCAAAACACUACAAAAUGGUGUUUCCAGCCUCAUUGAGAAGGAACACCUACCAACCAUUCGUCUGCUUCGCCCAGGUUAUAACAGGGCUUGUAUUAUAGCGAACCCCCCCAGUAGGACAGACUUAAUUACACAAAGCGCCGGGCCCCCAACUUUACAUGUCUACAUUUGUGAUGCUACGAUGUUAAAUCCACAUUUGACUAUGCGAGUUCCUAUGAAGCGACUGGUUGUGGUCUUGGACCAACCUGCCGUGUGGGUGUUUGUCAAGUUUUCAAGUGGUACACUAACUG